AUGGGCAAAGUAACAUGGGCAUCACAUAUUAGAAAUCUUUUGUUGACUCCUCGAUCGUCCGCUCUACCACCAGUCUCCUCCACCGUCCACUCUACCCCCAGUCUCCCCCAUCGUCCACUCUACCACCAGACUCCUCCACCGUCCACUCUACUACCAGUCUCCCCCACCGUCCACUCUACCACCAGACUCCCCCACCGUCCACUCUACCACCACUCUCCCCCACCGUCCACUCUACUACCAGACUCCCCCACCGUCCACUCUACCACCAGUCUCCUCCACCGUCCACUCUACCACCAGUCUCCCCCAUCGUCCACUCUACCACCAGUCUCCUCCUCCGUCCACUCUACUACCAGUCUCCCCCACCGUCCACUCUACCACCAGUCUCCCCCACCGUCCACUCUACCACCAGUCUCCCCCACCGUCCACUCUACCACCAGUCUCCCCCAUCGUCCACUUUACCACCAGACUCCUCCACCGUCCACUGUACCAUAA